UCAUUCCUGUUCCCUCAAGUCUUACUUUUUUGCAACACUAGGGCGGCUUCUAUUUUAUUCAUGCUUUGCUUUGUCCCUUUACACACCUUUUCCUCCAUUAUAUAAGGCCCUAAUAACCAUAUCAACUUCAAUUGCUUCUUCACUUUAAGUUCUUCCAAGAAACACAACAAAGCUUAAAAGAAAAAAAGAAAGGUAGAGAGAAAGAUGAUCAGGUUGAGAUCAAAGAGGUUUUCAAGAAGCAGCUCCAAGCCUGGAAACAAUGGGAGCAAAGCAGCAUCAUCAUCCCCAGAAAAGGAUUGCAAAAGUAUUGGUGAAAUCAAGUGGGAACUUAGGCCUGGUGGCAUGCUUGUUCAGAAAAGGGAGAGUAAUCAAAGUUCUGGGGAAGGGGUGAUCACUAUUAGAGUGUCAACUGUGUCACAGUGGCAUGACAUUAACAUUGAUGCCACUUCAACUUUUGGGGAAUUAAAAAUGAUUUUGUCACUGGUGACAAGUUUGGAGCCCAGAGAGCAGAGGCUUCUCUUCAGGGGCAAAGAGAAAGAGGACAAUGAGUUCCUUCACAUGGUUGGGGUUAGGGACAAGGACAAGGUGCUGCUGCUAGAGGAUCCAGCAAUCAAGGAAAUGAAGCUUCUUGGCAUGGCAAGAGGCCAACCCAUUAACAAUACUUGUUGUACCAUCAGUGCAUGACCCUUUAAUUUGAUCAAACUUGUUAAUUAAUUAAUUAGUACUAACCAGAAAAGAAAAAAAAGUGAAGUAAAGUUUAAUAUGUAAUGAUGCGGUCUUUCUUCACUUUUGUUUGUCUUAGAAUAGAAACUUAAUCAAAUAUGUACUUAUCCGGUGGGUAGAACCCCUCUCCCUUGAUUUAAAAAUGUGUAGGAUGAUGCAAUGCCAUAUCAUUUUGCAGAGUUUGCUCUAUUAAUUAAGUGUUGAUUCCUCUAGUA